GAUACUGCAAAAAAUGUAGCUGCCAAUGCAGCGGUCAAUGAAGCAGGGAAUACAAUGGCAAAUUUAGUGGACAAUAGUGCAGAAAAAAAGGCGUACUACAAGGUAGAGGACAACGGUGAGAAGGUACAGCAAUGGCAAGGUGACACGGUCGUGGAAGUCACUGACGACGACGGCGCGGUUCGUGUGCAAAAGGCGUUAGCACGUAUAUGUAGCGGUACAUUCGGAGACCGUUUAACGAGAAACAGCGACGCCAAAGAAAAAAACGGUAUGUCGAACAGUACAGUAGAAGACAGCAUAAAAAUUUCACUGCUGCAGAGAGAAAUUGAGCUGCUGAAGUUACAAAAGGCUCAAUUGGAACGAGAGAAAACAAUAAGCAAAGUAGCGACUGAAGGUGUAGCGUUUGAGACAUUGAAGGACGUAAUACCUGCGUACGAUGGCGGCGACGGGUUCAAAGCCUGGCAUAACCAGUUGCUGCAUUUGCGCGAGGUAGUACAAGUAAACGACGCUGUGCUAGGAGUCGUUAUUCACACCAAGCUAAAAGGUGCAGCCCUGGCGUGGUACAACGCAAAGCCUAUGUUUCCUAAAAAGGUUGACGAAUUGCUACGUGAGAUGGAGUCAGUGUUCGGGGCAGGUGAGAGUAAGCUUGAUCGCCGCAGAAAAUUCGAGAAGAGAAUGUGGUCAUCCGAAGAAAGCUUCGCCAACUACUUCAACGAUAAAUGUUUGCUGGGCGGCGAACUGAACUUGGGUGAUGAGGAACUCGCAGAUUACCUCAUAGAAGGCAUUCCUGAUAGACAACUCCGCAAUCAGGCCAGGUUACAAAACUUCACCACAGCCAACGACGUACUAAGGGCGUUCCGCUCUAUAAGUCUACCAGAGCAUACGGAACCAAAACAACGAACGGUCGAAAGGAUGCGGUGUUACAACUGCAAUUGCUCGGGUCACUAUGCUAAAGAUUGUCGGAAACCGAAGAGGGAAGCUGGUUCCUGCUUCGCUUGUGGACAGCUAGGCCAUUACGCAGCGGAGUGCAAACAACACAAAAAAAACAAGAACACGUUUAAUGUUUAGUCGACUCAGGAAGCCCAGUCAGCCUGAUUAAGCAAGUUCUAGUACCAGCAGGAGCAAAAUUAGAA